AUGCUGGGUGAUUGGUCGAAGCAUUGUGAAACCAAUCCAUUUUCUGUCUCUACGUCCAUCACACCCGAUUGCGAACUAGCUGGUUAUAAAUGGUCUACAACAAUUGAUCGUAACAGUAUUCUUUACUGGUAUGACGAUUUUUAUGUUGUACCAUCAUCUAACGCCCACAAAACACCGUCGACCUGGUUAGAUCUUUAUCGUUCUCGUCAGUGGCUUACGUUUAAUGAUUUUCUGAUAUGGCAACAAUCCUGUUGGCUAGUUGCACCCUUAAAAUCAUGUAGCUGUCCCAUUGGCAUGAAACAAUAUUCAUGUAAACAUUCGGUUGGGUUGGCAAUUUUAUUUAACUUGUAUCAAGUUAGCGAUAAAACACGAAUUCAACCAUUAGGCAAACGGAAAACAAAAGGACGUCCUAAGAAAGUUAGCACAGCUUUAAAAUUGUAA